CAAUCUUGGCCCAUAGAUCUUUUAGAGUGGUUGCCUCCCCUCCUGUCCUGGAGGCUGAAACCCAGAGAGAGAGAGAGAGAGAGAGAGAGAUCAAGAAGCGAAGCAUAAGGAAGUUCAAGUCGAAGAAGAAUGGAUCCUUCUAUGUGGCACAGAAUAGCUGCUGUCUCCGGGGUAGCAGCUCUCGGAUUGGGGACCUACGGUGCUCAUGUCUUCAAGCCCGAAAAUCCCACUUACAAAGAGGUAUGGCAAACAGCGUCUUUAUACCAUUUGGUUCACACUGCAGCCCUUCUUGCUGCUCCUAUCACCAAACACCCCAACAUUUUUGGAGGCCUUUUGACUACUGGGAUUCUUGCUUUCUCUGGAACGUGUUAUACUGUGGCUCUUCUUGAGGACAGAAAGUAUUCUACUCUGGCUCCAUUUGGUGGCUUUGCAUUUAUUGGUGCUUGGGCAAGCUUGCUUUUCUAAGGAUAGACCUCUUUAAGAUGGCGGCGAAUCUUCAUUUCUGCGUCACCAGUAUCAUGCAUCGAUGCUUUGGGGUUUUAGCAGAUACUGAAGAAACUUUGUUUAGCUAUCUAUUCACUAUCUUGAUGAUGGUUCAUAUUUCAUAUCUUUAUGUAUUAUAUAUAAUGUUGCUUGUGAAAUUAUUGGAUUGCUUCGUUGCAGUUUCUCAAUCACUGGUCGGAGUCUAAGGGAACUUGAAGUAAAUGUAGGUUAACAUUUGUUGCUGAUAUUUUCUAUCGUGCUGCGAGUAUUCUUAUUGGAAAAA